UUUAGGAUGUGAGGUAAAUUUUACUUAACAGAUUUUUUUUCAGAUAAUAAAAUCUAUUUUUUUAAGUUUAUUUAAAUGCUGCGCAGCUUAGAUUUCUGAUCCUGAAAUGUUUCGGGUAACAUUUCAAAUUUCGCAGUAGAAUCCAAGACAAGGCAAGGCAGCUAUGGUUUCACCUAAACAAAAAAGUUGUACGUAUUUCGCCACUUGAUCGCAAUAUGCAGUUCAAUUUUACACCAUUGUGGGAAAUAAGCACGAACUCGGUCCCAUAACCAAGAUUGAACGAUACAAAAGGAAUCAAGUAGCAAAGGUGGUAUCAUUAAACCAGAGCUAUAGUACCCGUACCCGUGGGUAUUAUACUAUUAUAGCAAUGAUCAAAUCUUUAACUGCAAUACACAUUUAUUCAGCAAAGACACAUGUUACGUCAUUUGAAAAGAGGAAUACGCAUCACGCUACCUAAGUAGGUCUACGUAACAACGUAAAGCCCGGUAAAGCCGACGGGGCUUUGCCUUAUUCAAGAGACGCCCUACACGGAUUGGGGUCUAUGCUACACGGAUUAGGGCGACCUGCAGCUGGCCGCAUUAAGGGCACGAAAUUCGUGAUAUCGAUCGCGAUAUACAAUACCAUAUCUUUCACUAUUGGAAAAAAGGCACGAUCUCAACCUUUAAAGCUACAUUAAACUCGAUACAGAGGUUAUUGGAGAAUGUUUCAAAUUGAAUGUUUCAAAUCUACCAAAAUAAUAUAUUAGGUUCAGUUGCUUACCUCAAGCCAUCAUCGACGGUCACAUUUUGCUAUUCGAUCAGAAAACGUAACACAGGGCAAUAUGAGUAAACAUAAUUGGCUGAAACUUACCGUAUCCAUUGUGAUCUUGGUUGCCGUAAUGACUACUAGCAAGCUAUUUAGUUUCUUUCACGGAAAAGACCCCUCGCCCAGUGUGAGCGGAGCCAGAAAAAUGGAGGAAAAGGCGGUAGAGAUAAAGCCAGGCGCUAAAUACGAGAGACAUCGCAGGCAAAUUAAAAAUAAGGAUGAACCUGCUGGUAAAGCGGACGUAUUAUUUUCAGAUGGCUGCAAGACAAACGAUUUUAAAGCGGCAAUUGAACUCGAGCUUGAAGAGCUUCUGUCAAAACACGAAGAAAUCAAGUUGCAAAAUGUUAAGGAUGAAUAUGAAAAAUAUCUGUUAAGAAAUAGAGAGCUUGAACCCUCAAAAAAAUCUUCAGCAGAAGAGGUUGAAAAAGGGGUUAAAAAAUUGGAACAGCUUCGAAAAACCCUCACAGAGACAAAGGAUAAGUUUACCGCACAACUGGAAGAGCAAAGGAUAAAUGGAAUCGCCUUAGUAAAUGAGAAAAGCAAAUUGCUGAACGAAAUUCGAGACAAUAAUGCUCGAGAUAUUGCUAAUUCAGACUUGGAAAAGAAGAAGCUCCUUGAGCAAAUCAAAGCCAAUAAUGCGAAGAUUACUAGUAUGAAAGCUGAAUUCAACAAAAUCAAAUUGAAAAAAGAAAAUGCACAAAUGAUACAGGCAUCCAAAAAUUCAGAAGCUGCAACAUGUGAAAGUCCGUUUUCGUAUUUGGGAGCCUUUGAUUCACCAAAUAUUCUAAGAGUUAAAAAACAACAACUUGAUACGGAAGAGAGUACGAUUAACGACAUAUGGCUAAAAAAGAACGAUUUGAAAAACUGUUGUCAGCAAGAAGGAUGCCUAUAACAAAUUCUACGACAAUUUUUAUUCCAUUUUUUAAUUAUACUUAAGAUUGCUGUGCUUUAAACUUAUACUUACUUUGGUUGCUGUGUGAUUUUUAAAUCCUUACAAACUUGGGAAAAUAAAAAGAAUUUAAUUGGCUACCUUUAGUGUUUCCAUCAAGAUGCAGAACGAUCUCACCACCAAACAGGUGCGCUAAACACGCGUAAAGACUAUAUUAACAUAAAGAACGUAAGGCGGAUCAACAAUUUCAUUUUUAAAUAGUUUAUCGAUAAAUACAACACGAGUCUUUCUAACGAUCUUGAAGGGCGAUCAGGAAAACAAACGGCUGUUGGGAAAAGUAAUUGUGAAAAGUGUAACGAUGACACAAAAACUUUGUAAAACAUUUCGGCCAAAGAAAUAAAAUAU